AUGUCAGAUGCUAGAUUAGAUAGACUCGCACGAUACUUUGGUUCUGUGGUAUAUGGAAAACAAGAAGUCCAAGACCUCAGCAACUUCAAGCGCUUUGUGGAGGCAAUUUUGGCCCAGUCAGACCCCUGCACUUCGGUCGAGCGAGUCAUAGCUAGUGGAAAUGCAUUGAAGGCGCUGCGAAACGGUAUCAGUUUCAACAUCACCCCUGAAUUCAUCAAUCAAUACACAGCGAAGUUCAUUCUCUACUUGAACCAUCGCGAAAGCCUCGAACACUGUGGAACUCAUUCUUGGAGGCAUUUUCGUGCCCGGAAAUUGGAAGACCAUGCAAUUUUUGCGUUGUGUUGGACGAUGUCUGAGUUGCUGGCAUUGCCUAACUCUUCUGGUGUGGAUGUUCGAGCGGAUGCUCAACUCAUGCUAAGCGAUGAUUCAAUCUUCUCGUCUCCUUUGCUUGAAAUUCGCAAGCUAGGACACAAGAUCAAGCACCUUUUGGAGAUGAAAUCGUCACCCCAAACGACUUUUGAUUCCGAGCACACAGUUGGCGGUCGUCACGACAAUGAUUUUGCGGGUUUUAGUUCGAUAGCUAUUCUUCCCACAGCAGACGAGAUAGGAUGCCCCGAGAAACCCUUCUACCGACAAGCAGAGAUCCUGACGCAGAUUACGGGUACCCAGCGUAUUGCAGGUCAUAUUGACAACCAGUUUCGACUUUUGCGAGAGGACAUACUUUCGGGACUUCGUGAUGAUUUUCAAAUUGCACAAGGAACCAAAAAGGGAAACGGCCAGCCCUUCGCUUGA